CACCUCUCGCUGGUAUUACCGACGGCUGAUUGGCUUAACGGGCUUACCGGGCUGCUUCUGCUCCUUCCACAGCACACGCUUCUGUGGACUGAGCCGUCGGCCACGACCGGGAUCAAGAAGGACUGUGCAGCCGAGGAGUGGAAGCAGCCCGUGGAAUCCUCCAGAAGAUCAGGUCCUCGCUUGCACACGCAAACAUCCCGCCAACACACCGUCCACGAUGGGCAACACCAAGAGCGGCGCCGUCUCCAAGGAGAUUCUGGCAGACCUGAAACUCUCCACCAAGUUCACGGAGACGGAGAUCGCCCAGUGGUACGAGAACUUCAAGAGGCAGUGUCCAACGGGGCGCAUCUCAAAAGAAGAGUUCGAGAACAUCUACAGCAAGUUCUUCCCGGAGAGCGACGCCCAAACGUACGCCCAGCACGUCUUCCGCUCCUUCGACACCAACGACGACGGCACGCUGGACUUCAAGGAGUACAUCAUCGCCCUCCACAUGACGUCAACGGGCAAGACCACGAGUAAACUGGAGUGGGCCUUCUCGCUGUUCGACGUGGACAAGAACGGAUACAUCACCAAGUCGGAAGUCAAGGAAAUCUGCACGGCGAUUUUCAAGCUGAUUCCUAAAGACGAGAUAGCCACUUUGGCUGAUGAUGAAAACACAGCUGAGAAGAGGGCAGAUAAACUCUGGAACUUCUUUGAUAAGGGGGAGAACGAGCGAGUGGCAGAGGGAGAGUUCAUCCAGGGCGUGUUGGAGAACGACGACGCUCUUCGCUUGAUUCAGUACUCGCCUGCGAAGUAACUCGUCCUUCGCUCCCUUGCCGGGAUCACAAUCUCCUCCAGGAGUUCUUUUUUUUUUUUUUAAAUCACGCGUUACCCAAUCAAUGCUUUCUGUAUCACGCGGUUCAAACGAAAUCGGCCGAUCUGAAAACCACAAAGGAGAGUCGAUGCAUUGACCUCGUUGACGCGAUGAGUCGCGAUAGUUGAGGCGCAAAACCGUCUUUCUCAAGCUGAAAAGUGUUUAGAGUACAUAUCUGGCGAUGGUGUAAUUGUGCAGGUGUGUCGUAGCAACUGGUCGGUACGGGUUAGAGUUAGUUGACCCAUGAACAUGUUCCUCCUCUCCUCUAGGCAGCCUAGUCUCUAUCUAACUGGGGGGUGAACCAACCUGUAAGUUGAACUGUAAGCUUGUUAUUGUUGAGUUUUGUUGUCUUUCACGGUUUCCAGCUCCUCCAUGUGGCACAGUCGCACGCGUUUGAUGUUCUAGCUAGCUGAAGUGGUGGCCAUCGCAGAGCAGACCUCCGUCCUUGUAAAACCUUGUAAAGUGUGAGAUGAAGUAUUGGCCCUUGACCUCCCUCCACAAUGUAUUCAAUAAAUCAGAAAUUGUUAUACA